ACCGUUUGGGGUUGGUUGCGGAACCGCGUACCCCAGGGCUGGGGGCCGAGGGUCCGGGGGAGCGGAACGGCACGCGCUGCAAAGGGACCGGCAUGGAGGCGGAGUCGCGGCCCAGCGCUGGGGCCCGGUUCGGGGCGUUAGGGCAGCCGGUCGUUGGGAAGAAGUUCACCUGCUCGACCGCAGCGUGUUCCGUUGUUGAGCGGUGACCGCGCGAUGCUGUGGUUUGAGUGUUGGGAUGCAGUCUGGAAACUGCUUCAAAAGCCAGCAGAGAAGCGUAAGGAUGUAGGCGUCAUUUACGAAUCAAAAAAAUUUAAGGACCACGGUACAGCUAUGGAUAGUGAACCAAACCCUGGAACAUCUUCUGUGUCGACAACAACCAGUAGCACUACCACUACCACCAUCACCACUUCCUCCUCUCGAAUGCAGCAACCACAGAUUUCAGUCUACAGUGGCUCAGACCGACAUGCUGUACAGGCAUUGCAUCGCCCCUCCAGCUCAGCUGCUCAGUACCUUCAGCAGAUGUAUGCAGCUCAACAGCAGCACUUAAUGCUGCACACUGCAGCUCUUCAGCAGCAGCACUUAAGCAGCUCCCAGCUUCAGAGCCUUGCUGCCGUUCAGGCAAGUUUGUCCAGUGGAAGACCGUCUACAUCCCCCACAGGAAGUGUCACACAACAGUCAAGUAUGUCCCAGACAUCUAUCAACCUCUCCACUUCUCCUACACCUGCACAGUUAAUAAGCCGUUCCCAGGCUUCCAGUUCUACCAGCGGCAGUAUUACCCAACAGACUAUGUUACUAGGGAGUACCUCCCCUACCCUAACUGCAAGCCAAGCUCAAAUGUAUCUCCGAGCUCAAAUGCUGAUUUUCACACCCGCUACCACUGUGGCUGCUGUACAGUCUGACAUUCCUGUUGUCUCGUCGUCAUCGUCAUCUUCCUGUCAGUCUGCAGCUACUCAGGUUCAGAAUUUAACAUUACGCAGCCAGAAGUUGGGUGUGUUAUCUAGCUCACAGAAUGGUCCACCAAAAAGCACUAGUCAAACUCAGUCAUUGACAAUUUGUCAUAACAAAACAACAGUGACCAGUUCUAAAAUCAGCCAACGAGAUCCUUCUCCGGAAAGUGUUAGAAAAGGAGAAAGUCCAAGUCUGGAAUCACGAAGCACAGCUGUCACCCGGACAUCAAGUAUUCACCAGUUAAUAGCACCAGCUUCAUAUCCUCCAAUUCAGCCUCAUCCUCUAAUAAAGCAUCAACAGAUUCCUCUUCAUUCACCACCUCCCAAGGUUUCCCAUCAUCAGCUGAUACUACAGCAGCAGCAGCAGCAAAUGCAGCCAAUUACACUCCAAAAUCCAACUCCAGAUCCACCCCCAUCCCAGCACUGUAUACCACUCCAAAACCAUGGCCUUCCUCCAGCUCCCAGUAAUGCCCAGUCACAGCAUUGUUCACCAAUUCAGAGUCAUCCCCCUCCUUUAACAAUGUCUCCUAGCCAGUCACAGUCAGCACAGCAGUCAGUAGUGGUGUCUCCUCCGCCACCUCAUUCACCAAGUCAGUCUCCUACCAUAAUUAUUCAUCCACAAGCACUUAUUCAGCCACACCCUCUUAUGUCAUCAGCUCUCCAGCCAGGGCCAAACUUGCAACAGUCCACUGCUAAUCAGGUGCAGCCAACAGCACAGCUGAAUCUUCCAUCCCAUCUUCCACUUUCAGCUUCCCCUGUUGUACACAUUGGCCCUGUUCAGCAGUCUGCCUUGGUGUCCCCAGGUCAGCAGAUUGUGUCUCCAGCAUCACACCAGCAAUAUUCAACCCUGCAGUCCUCUCCAAUCCCAAUUGCAACCCCUCCGCAGAUGUCAACAUCUCCUCCAGCUCAGAUUCCACCACUACCCUUACAGACUAUGCAAUCUUUGCAAGUGCAGCCUGAAAUUCUAUCCCAGGGCCAGGUUUUGGUACAGAAUGCUUUGGUGUCAGAAGAGGAGCUUCCAGCUGCAGAAGCUUUGGUCCAGUUGCCAUUUCAGACUCUUCCUCCUCCACAGACUGUUGCGGUAAACCUGCAAGUACAACCACCAGCACCUGUUGAUCCACCAGUGGGAAUACAUUUGAACCAGUGUCAUCUGCACAAAGUUUUUUCUCUUAAGGUUUAUCAAGUGGAAGAUAUGUGUGAAGAGGAAAUGCCAGAAGAGUCAGAUGAAUGUGUUCGCAUGGACAGAACCCCACCACCACCCACGUUGUCUCCAGCAGCUAUAACUGUGGGGAGAGGGGAAGAUUUGACUUCUGACCAUCCUUUGUUAGAGGAAGUGGAAUUACCUGCUGUGGCAUCAGUCAGCGCUUCAGUAAUUAAAUCUCCUUCAGAUCCUUCGCAUGUUUCUGUUCCUCCUCCACUCUUACUUCCAGCUGCUACCACGAGGAGUAAUAUUACAUCUAUGCCCAAUAGCAUUCCCAAUAUAGAAAACAAACCUCCACAGGCCAUUGUUAAACCACAGAUCUUGACCCAUGUUAUUGAAGGCUUUGUAAUUCAAGAGGGAUUGGAGCCAUUUCCUGUGAGUCGUUCAUCUUUGCUAAUAGAACAGCCUGUGAAAAAAAGACCUCUCUUGGAUAAUCAGGUGAUAAAUUCCGUGUGUGUUCAGCCAGAGCUACAGAAUAAUACAAAGCAUGCAGAUAAUUCAUCUGACACAGAGUUGGAAGACAUGAUUGCUGAAGAGACAUUAGAAGAAAUAGACAGCGAGUUGCUCAAGUGUGAAUUCUGUGGUAAGAUGGGAUAUGCUAAUGAAUUUCUGCGGUCAAAACGAUUCUGCACUAUGUCAUGUGCCAAAAGGUACAAUGUUAGCUGUUCUAAAAAAUUUGCACUUAGUCGUUGGAAUCGUAAGCCUGAUAAUCAAAGUCUUGGGCAUCGUGGCCGUCGUCCAAGUGGCCCUGAUGGGGCAGCAAGAGAACAUAUCCUUAGGCAGCUUCCAAUUACUUAUCCAUCUGCAGAAGAAGACUUGGCUUCUCAUGAAGAUCCUGUGCCAUCUGCUAUGACAACACGUCUGCGCAGGCAGAGCGAGCGGGAAAGAGAGCGUGAGCUGCGAGAAGUGAGAAUUAGGAAAAUGCCUGAGAACAGUGACUUGCUACCAGUUGCACAAACAGAGCCCUCCAUAUGGACGGUUGAUGAUGUCUGGGCCUUCAUUCAUUCUUUGCCUGGCUGCCAGGAUAUCGCAGAUGAGUUUAGAGCACAGGAGAUUGAUGGACAGGCCCUUCUCUUGCUAAAAGAAGACCAUCUUAUGAGUGCAAUGAAUAUCAAGCUUGGCCCCGCCCUGAAGAUCUGUGCACGCAUCAACUCUCUGAAGGAAUCUUAACAAGAUCAUGAGGCUUUGCGAUAACAUCAGUUUUAUUCUUCUUAAACAAACUUGUAAGGUAAAGGCUCAGGUUGGCUUAGAAUAUUAUCACGUAUUGUGGUGGAUAGCCAAGAACAUUGGGAUCUCCACAGGAAAAGCUGACAUUUCUUUUACAGAUAUAAUAAUUCAUCAUACAUUUUCAUAAUUAGCCAACAUUGGUGAAAUUAAUUUUACAGGUUACAUACAACAUUGAAAGACUUGUUAUAGAGGGCCAUGAUAUUUUUCAAAGAAACGUAUUAUAGUACUUUUAAAAAAAGUAAUGUUUAUCGUUAAUAUAAAGAAUCCUUUUAAAACUAAUUGAAUGAUUUACAUUUCUCUUUUGAUCCAGUUUUGUUAUACAUUUUUCUACCCUAUAAGUUUCCCAUAAGUUGUCAUUAGAGAUAAUUUAAGAAUAAUUUAGGAGUCCAGUGACUGGAAUUGUAUGCAGUGAGAUAUCAUUGUGCAUUUAAAAAAACAUGUCUGUUAGAAAGUUGUUUUGUCUAUAAAAAAGGAUUGCAUUCUAGCAAGAAUAACACUGAUCUGGGAGUCAGACAAGUUGGUUUCUAUUCUAAACUUGACCAAGAAUUUGGUGUAGCUGAGAACAUUGUCCUCUUAGUUUUUGUACAUGUAGACCAAUGGUUCUCCUGGAGAUGAGUUUUGCUGCCCUGGGGACAUUUUGGGUGUUAUAGCUGAGGGGGCUGAGGGAGGGAUGCUAUCGGUACCUAACACAUGGAGGACAGGGAUUGUAUAUUUCCUACAAUGCACAGGACAGCCCUCCACAACAGCUAUGCGGUCCAAAAUGUCAGUAGUACCACGGUUGAGAAACUCUAAUGUAGGAGUGAUAAAUGAUUCUCUUUUUCACCCAGAGGGAUACAUUACACAAUGGAAAUAUUUCAGGUAGCAUCAGUGUUCUGCUGAAGUAUUUUCCCCCGUGUAUGCACACUGAGAAAAAGGAGAGCAAUCCAUUAAAUUGGCCGAUAAAAUAAGGACUAGCAUAUAAAUAAUUUGACUCUCAAAAGAUAUUGAUUCAUAUUAAUUAUCUUUUAUCUCUGCUCCUCUGUGAUAAAAGGCAUAAUCUGAUUACACCUUAUGAACCAAUGUACAUAUAACCUUUACCAACAAGGCAAUAGUGUGUAGCACAUAUACGUAUUUGGUCUUUGGCAUUUUUCUAAUGUUGAACAUGCUGGAUCUAGCUAGAAAGCAUAUUCCUUUUUCCUGACUAAACCAUUGCAUGCUUUCUGCAAAGCACUUACCAAGUGAUAUCUCUUGAAUGGUGAGGUCUAAUUUUGUAUGUACAUGUUUUAGGGGGGAAAUUUUUAAGUAAAACCUUUCACCAAACAGUUAGUGAUCUACUAGAAUUGUGACACCAAAACAAAAUUGUUUUGGGAGCCUUGAGAGCUUUAUAGUCCUGGACAUCAAAAAUGUGUUUAUUUUUUUUUAAUCUUUUCUCUAUCAUACAAUGAAAAUGUUUUAAUAAUUGAAGGAACAUACAUAGAUAUUUGGCAAAAGUGGAAAGAGUCUAUGGGUUUCAGUCAUUAUCACUGCUCUUUUCAAAAAGAUUGUGUUGACCUAGUAGAAGACUAAAGAUGUCAUUAAAGACAUCACAGAUAUUUAUCUUUUGGCUUUGUGUACAUUAGAAAAUGUUGAUUAUUUUUAUACAAAAAUACAGCCGGUAAUUUUUUUAAUCUGUAGAUGCCUCUUGUUUGAAUGUAUGCUUUGUGGGAUUCUUUAGUGUAGUAAUGUUUUAAAAAAUGAUGUUUACUGAUAGUUGCGUGUAGGAUUAGAAUGUGUAAUAUAGUGUAAGGCUCAUGUUCCAGACCUACAAUAGCUUGUAGUCCAUGUUACAUAUUUCUUUAUAUCACAUUUUUAAUUAUUGGAUUAAAGUUUCAAGGAAAGGUAGGUACUCUCUAGUCAACUUUCAUUUAUUAGCAUUUAAUCAUUGUGACAGAGUUGUCAUAUGCUUGACUUUUCCCCUCGUGUUGCAAUUUCAGAACUCAAAUACAGGCUAAGCACUGGUGGAAGGUGUUUCACUGUAUGGGGGGUGGGGGCACAAAGAAAAAUCUCCCCUGGAAUUAAAACUUUAGCAUAGAGAAUCCACACACAAUUAACAUAAAAUUAUGUGAGGAUAAAUUCCCCUUGCAAUAAUGAUUGCUUCCCAUAACUACAUAUAACCUUUAAGGGGUAAGCUUUGAACUGUGUUAAUAGGUUCACCAUUUACACCCUCUUCUAAUAGCAGUCAUUAUGUAGUACUUCUAAAAGCCCCUGUGCCUGGCACUAUAUUAAGAAAGCUUACAAGAAGGAUAUCCAUUUGAGAGUACCUUAUAAUCUUAAGUCUUAUAAUAAUCUUAAGAAUAGUAUCAAAACAUACCAGAAAAUAUACUUGUUUUUUUUUUUCCAAGUGAGUUUUAUUUAGAAAUGGCUCAUUUGCUUUCAAGCAGUCACUCUCACCUUUGAAGCAGUUAUUUCUUUCAAGAUGAUUAAGUCAUGUUAAUAUCAGUUACAUAUAAUGGAUAUAGAUGACGACACUGGGUGUGCACCUCUCUCCUGAGCUUUAAGCACAGUUUUAGUAUGAUAUAGGUGGGAAGAGGGCUAUUAUUUUUAUUUAUAUAAUUGUUUUAGGAUUUUGAUUGAGGGAAUGACAAGCAGAAAGAGAAGUUCUUACUAUUUUUGCUACUUAAGUUUGUAUUUUCUGACUUGUUUAAACUUACAAACUCUUUUUCCAUUGAGGGGGGGGGAAAACCUACAAGUUUGAAGUUUUAUUUGCUUUAAGCCAUGUGUUCCUAAGAAAUUAAACAAGCUGAGAGAGCUGGCUUGUAAAAAUUAUUUUUUACAUGAUGUGGAUUUUCAUCAAGUCUUGUGCAGGGAUGUGUCUGACACAGCUAUGCACUUUGAUGAAAUCAGUAUAAUAUGAGACAGACUGUCACUUUUUAAGUGGCAUUUAACUAUUCCCAAGAUGGUACUUUUAAUUUGCUGUGGCAUCAUCUAAACAGACACUUUUAAGGGCUGACCCAGAAGUAGAGAAGGUGGAAUGGGAGGGGAAAAAUGUUAGUGAAGAAAAUUGAGAAUGCGAGAGAGGCAAGAGGCCUGCCACUUAUUUUAUCUCACUUCAACACUGAACAAAUUUCUGCACUUUUGAAGCUAAUAUUUAUGUUUUACCUAGUUUUAGACAGAAAUAAUUUUAAGUAGCCCUCUUAGAACUGUAUGUAAUAUGUAUUGUUAUGCCCAUGCCUUUGAAUAAUUUUUUAGUUAAUCUUCAUCUAGCCAGUGUGAAAUUAGUCAUUUAUUCAGAUACCAGUAUUAGAUUGAAAUCUGUCAUAGUGCCCCAUAUCACUGACGUGUCUAAUCAAAUGUUUUAAGCCCUAUUAUUUGUAUUUGCAGGGUGUUGGUACACUAUGGCACAAGUGUCGUAAGGAGGCAAUAUUUAGAUUGUAUAUAUAGUCUUAGGUUGUCAAAAACUCAAAGAUUAGUUGUUUUAAUUAUCAGAAUUGAGUAUUCACUUUCAGAUGCCACAGCUGAAUCAAAGAAAAGCAUUUUUAAGGUCGUAUCUUAUUUGCUAGGUUGUCUCAGUGUAAGAAUUGGAUGACUAAGAGGGGUUUCUCUUUAUCAGUGUGAUUUUAAUUAACACAAGCCUACCUCUAUUUUUUGAUGCACACUAGUGUGGAUCAUGAAGUAAAUAGUUUCACAUUAUUCACUAUCGGUAUUUUAUGAAUCUAUUUAGAACAUUUGAUUUCAUUUUAAAGAUUAUGAUUCAAUUUAGAUAAGCACAAAUACAGUAUUAGGGAAAGUAAAUAUGCAGUUUUAGCAAAAUUUAAUUUCAACCUAUUAAGAGCUGCAUAUCUUUAAAAGAAUUCUUUGGAAAGAUAUUCCUCUUUUGUUAUAAGUUAGAAAAUGUAUCUCUAUAUGAUUUCCUUUAUAGCAGCAAUACAAGCCAUUACAUCAGUAAAGAGUUAAAAAUUAUAUUAUCUUUGGAAAAAGUUUCCUAAAUUUUUAAGAAUUCUAAAGUUUUACAUAUAAUUUUUUAGAGCUUAUUUAAUCUAGCUUAAAAUAAUACUAUGAGAAAGCUUUUUUUUUGAAAGUUUUAAAGUACUAAUAUGAUGGUAAUUAUUGCCAUCAUAUUACAGAGCAAAACAUUUGGCUUUUUCUGAACUGUCACUUUAGUACACACAUAUUAAAAGGAAGUGGCCUCCCUCCUUUUCAGAUCUGAAGCCCACCUUCUCUAAUGAAAAUUGUCCCAUUCUACUCUUAACACAUGAACCUUUUAAAUGUGAUGUUUACGGAAACUUUUGGGAAAUGUUUCCCAUGAAUGUUUCAUGUUUUCCCUUUUUAUAGCUUAUGAACAUUUUAUUUAAAGAUGACUGUUUUAAUCUCAGAUAUUAGGAGGUACACUAGAAAAGUAUUUUUUUCUACUGUCUUUGAAAAGUACAACUGCUCUCAGUGAUACUGGUGGCAUAAAUAUGAAUCCAUAGAAAACCUGUGCAAAGGUUUUUAAAUGUAUUGUCUAAAAGGAAGUAUAGAAUGAUUCUUAAUUUGGAAAAAAUAAAUAUGAAUUUAAAACACUGUUAUGUUAACAUGGCAUGGUUUUAAAUUUAACUCCAGUAAUCUUCUUAAGGAUUGAUAGUAGCCAUCAUUAUUGGCUUAAAAAUUAUACAGUGUUAAAUCCAUGUUUUUUGGAGCUUUCAUUGAUAGAGGUGAAAAAGUUCGUGCUUGUGAGGGUGGUGGAGCUGGUGGUGAAGUAAAUAUCAACCUACUUUAGAAAGAAGGAACUUUUCAGUCGUGCCUCAAGCAAACCAGAAGUAUCCAUUGCUUACAGUCUUUGUUUAGAAUGGUUGAAAAGUCAUAAUUCUUUUUGUUUUAGGUAGUACUAAGUACUCUUAAUAGUUAAUAGAUCUACAUAAUCAUUAAAUUACUAUGAUGAAUGACUGGGGUUUCACAUCCAGUUGAAACAGCUGUGUGCAGUGACCCCCUCAGCAGUUACUUACCUUUAAACCUGUUUCCUCUUCUAUGUAUACCGUGUGGAGCCUAUACUAAACAUGUUGAUUUUGAUUUAAAUCAUCUCUUAGGUUCCUCCCAGCUCUAAAACUAUGAUUCUGGGCCACAUAAUGGGGUGUUUUUAAGUUGCUUCUACUAAAUUCUCUUUCCCUUUUCAGCAGUUCCUUUCAUACUUCAGAGCAAUUGCUAAAAGAUAAUUAUUUAUUAAGCAUUAUUCCCUGGGUUACCUAGUCUUGGUUGUCCUAAGGAACAAGGCAGAAAAUUUAAACAGACAAGCAAAUGAGGACUUUUUUCUAAAUGCUUCUUGCUAGCUAACCAUGGAAUAUAUGAACACACUAGAGGCCCAGUGCAUGACAUUCAUGCACUCUGGGGGGUCCCUCAGCCUGGCCUGUGCCCUCUCACAGUCUAGGAGCCCUCGGGGGAUGUCCGACUGCCACAGAAACAAGAGAGGCUCCCACCACCACCACUGUGCUCGCCAGCUGUGAGCCCAGCUUCUGGCUGAGUGGGCUCCCCCUGUGGGAGCGCACUUACCAUCAGGGGGCAGCUCCUGUGUUGAGCAUCUGCCUUCUGGUGGUCAGUGUGCAUCAUAGCAACCAGUCGUUCUGCCGUUCGGUCAAUUUGCAUAAUAGCCUUUUAUUAUAUGUGAUGAUGGAAAAUGAUAAUGGACAUUAUCAUUCAGGCAUUUAUCCAUUCAUUUAGCAAACUGUUUGAACACUUACUUUGUGCAGCAUGUGGUAUACAUGAUGUAAGGAACUAGUCAUAAGUAAACAAUAUCUUCCCAAACAAACUUUUGAUUGCAGUUUAAACAUGGACAUAAUUGUUAUUACUUUAAUGUACUGAAUAUAAAGUUGGGACUGAGGGAAUUUUUUUAUGCAUUGGGGUAAGGAUUAGGCUAGAUGACAGAUAAGGGGUCUGAGUAAAUCACAUCAAAUCCUAUAACAUUUUACCUACUAAACAUCAAUCAGUCAUAAACCUGAUUAGGUUAUGAAAUUAAGUGUCCUAACAGUAAGGAUUUAUAUUUUGUGACAGCCCAUAUUUCUAAGAAUUGUUUUGACACUUGAAUCUAUUCCAGAGGUGUUGCUAUGCAGGGAGUGUGACAGAACAAUACAAAGAAGCUGGUGCUGACUUACUAUACAUUUUUAACCACAAAAGCUUUACACCCAGUAUUGACAGUGAAGCAUAUCUAAAACUGGGAAAUCUCAAAGGAAUUCGCUGGACAGGUUUGUUUUGUACUUUUGUUUUGUUUUUAAAGCAAGGAAGACUACAUAAAAUAAAUUUUAUUACAAAUAUCUACUUUUUAGAAAGAACACAUUACAAAGUAAAAGGGUUUUACUUUAAAAUACUGAACUAAUAAACAUAAAAGAGUUCUAUGUUUAAAUUAACAAGUAUAUGGGGAGUACGUAUUGAAUGGGAUCGUUAUUAACUAGGUAGAGAUUCCUUACCACUUGAGGAUUCUGUGACUUACACUGUAAUUCCUAUUGACAGAGCUUUACAUAUUAACAUUGCUUGAUACUAACAUUCUCUAUAAAGAUAAAAAAAUGAAAGUAUCUCAUUUUUAUUGAUUUCAGAGAGGAAGGGAGAGGGAGAGGUAGAAAUAUCAAUGAUGAGAGAGAAUCAUUGAUCGGCUGCCUCCUUCAUGCCCCACACUGGGGAUUGAGCCCCAACCCGGACAUGUGCCCUGACUGAGAAUGGAACUGUGACCUCCUGGUUAUAUUACAGGUUGGUGCUCAACCACUUAGCCACACCAGCUGGGUAGUCACAACUUCUUAAAGCAGGAAAAUGUCCUAAUACAUGUUGGAUUGGAAUCUUUAACAAAUUGAUUUAAAAAGGAACACUGACAUUCCACGUAAAACAAAAUUUUCCCCCAAGGCAUUGUUUAAAAUUUAACAUGUUUUGAUAUGCCGAAUUUUAAAAAUAUUUACCCAUAUUUUAUGAUGUUAGUAUAUAUAUUGCAUAAGUAUAUAUAUUGCAUAUGUAUUCUUAAAACUUAAAAAGUCAGUGGAGCCCUGACUGGUGUUGCUAAGUGGUUAAAGCAUCAGCUCCUGAACCGAAGGGUUGCACGUUCAGUUCCCAGUCAAGGGCAUUCACCUGGGUUGUGGGUUCCCUCUCUGCCUCAGUCGGGUGCAUACAGUAGGCAACCAGUCAGUGUUUCUCUCUUGCAUUGAUAUUUCUCUCUCUCUCCCUUCCUCCCUUCCAUGCUCUCUGAAAAGCAAUGGGAAAAACAUCCCCAGGUGAGGAUUUAAAAAAAUAAAGUCAACGAAGUGUACAAGGAUGUUUAACUUCCGAGACAUUUACCCAAGAUUCCCAAGUCACCUUAUUCAAAAACUUUUUGUUUUUUUCUGUAGGAAAAAAAAAAAGUCAAAGUAGGUUCUAGAAACUAUGCUUAGAGUCAGGAGUAAGCUUGUGCUGAGUUGGAGGCAGCAGUGUGCAGGGUGGAUGCCGACAGAUGGCAGGCAUUUCAGGCCUCUACUGAAUUAAUGCUUUUGUCUUGCUGGUUAACCUUUUGUUGAUUUAAACAAAGGCAAAUUUUUGUGAUAUAUUAGUUUUUAAAAAAAUACUAAUUUUUGAUUCUUCGAGUACAUGUUGACUUUUUCUAUUUCUACGUUUGAUUCCUCACAAUGUUCUAAAAUGGGACUUUCAAAUGAUUAAAACCUCAAAAGCUGAUCCACCCAGGAUGAACAAAGCAUCACCAAGGGGAAAAAGCAUUUUUUUAUCUUUAUAGAAAACAAAUGUUAAGAUUAUAUAUAGAUGUAUUCUUUACAUUGGAUAUUGUAUUAGAGUCCUCUUUACAGGAAAUUAGUUUUAGCACUCUUAGCAUUGGUGUUCCUAGAUUGGUGUCAGUAGCUAGUUUUCAAAUGUAUAACCUGAAAAUGAAGUUAAUUUUGCAUUGUAAGAGCACACCACGAUCUAUGUAAAAAGUCUGUCCAUUUGGUAUAUUUUUUUUAAAAAGAGAAGGCACUUUCAUAUUAACAAGUAGCAUGUGUAUUAAUUUUAGAUUUUCAUAUCUGUUGUGUCUGUAUUCAGUGAAGUGAAAUUAAGCAUUCAGAUGCUUGUUGAUGGCAACAUUAACUGUUAAAUUAAAGCACCUUAUAUUCUGCUGCUUAACCUGACUUGUAAUUGCACCUUUGUUACCUGCACAUUUCACGUAGAACAUUGUUGUAACAUUGCUUCAUGUGGGUCUGGAUGAAGGUUAAGUGGGCCUACAGAAUCAUUUAUUUAUAUUGUUUAUAAUUCAAUAAUAUAUUGUAGACCAGCUGUUAAGUUCAUUUCUUUACUAAUAAAAGCCUCUUCCAUUUG